AUGUUCUCUCUUUAUCGCUCAGCAGCAAGGCAAAUUUCACGGCAACUGACCCGUGGAUUUGCGGAGAUUGUUAGCGCCAACUCGUCUGCUAUCGUUGUUGCGCAGCCGUUGGAUCGAAAACGAAGAAAACCAAGGGCACCCAAACCGGAUGCCACUACGAAGGCAAUUUCGGCCAAUGGCAAGGUCCCUGUUCGAGAGGACCAUGGUCUGUAUGCCUUCUUCAGGAGGAAGGAAGGCGAAAACCUUGUCGGCGAGGAUCGGUUUGAGGUGGUAGAAACGCCAGAGUCGGCUCAAAUUCUCACAGGAAGGGCAUGGGAAGCCGUUGAACUGCGCAACAAAAGCUUCAAGGACCUCCACACACUCUGGUAUGUGUCAUUGAGGGAAAAGAAUCUUUUGGCGACGCAGAGAGAAGAAGCAAGGCGGAUGGGCGUCCAAAAUGUCGAGGCUCAGUCCUCUAUUGAGAAAUCCCGACACUGCCGGAAGACAAUGGGCCGUAUCAAAGCGGUGCUGAAUGAACGACGCCUUGCCUAUGCAGGAGCUGUGAAGCUUGCCGAGAAGGAGCUCGAAUUCUUGCGAAAUCGUCCCGCCAAAGAAUAUACCGACGAGGAUAAACAAGUACUCGAGCAUCAACGCCAGCAGCGUGCUGAAAGGAAAGCCCGAAGAGCAGUUAAAAGCGUAAAGGAGAAAGUGACCUCGCCAGCAACCGCGUAG